AAGAUAAAGGGAGCAUGGCUCGCGCAGUAAGGUGGUGCUCGACGGGCGUGACGGAAGAGCAAGUAGCAAAUGCUGUUGUUCUGUGCGCAGCCAUCACAAGCGACGACAUACCCACCUUCCUCGAGUCAGAUUCGUCCGCAGCAUCUCUCUCUGAUGGCCUAUCUUCCCGUUCGCUCGUUGCGCUGGACGAUUUUGUCCUCGUCGAAUCAGAACUCAGUGUAUUCUGCUGCAUCAAGCCCACGUCCCUUCCCCAGCAGCUUCUCGACAUGACCGAGCGGCAAACGACCUUUCGGUAUGGCGGUCGCAUCCACACAGCUCUCCACAAACGCGCGACACACAUCCUGCACCUUCUCCAACGCCCACAUGACCCCCAAACGAGGCAGUCCUUGCUCGACAUCGUUCGUGACAAAGGCAAGACCCUCGUCUUAUGUGGCCACGCAGCGACGGGAAGCACGGCGCACUUGUGCUUCCUAGCCCUGGUGUACUCCGCAUUGCCGCGCGGGCUUCGACUGACGUUAGACGCCAUCGACGACGCCCAUCAGCGUGACGCAUCCUCAUCCUCCCCAGCCUGUCCCCCGAGCCUCAAAGCGCAGCGGGACCUCCUUCUUACCGAACUCUCCCUCCAAGACCUCGGCGUGCGGUCCAUCGCGUUCGGGUCGCCCUGCAUCAGCACCGCCGACGUGACGUCCGUGCUUCGUGCCACGUCCUUGACGCAGCACAUGCUGACCGUUGUCAACGAAUUCGACUGCGUGCCCAACAUAUUUGACAUCGCGCAGACCGCCUCUCUAGUCUCGACGACCACCCGCCGCUUCGUCGAAGUGUCCCGCGCGCUCAAAUUUGUGCUCACGCUGCUGCCCAACGUCGCCCGCGUCGUCGGCCAGUCCACUAUGUCCGCUACGCCAUCUUCUAUGACUCAAUUAGCGCUGUCGUAUUACACCAACCAGACGUGGCAGCUGUUGCACAAAGCGUUUCGAACGUUCCAAACGCGUCUUGUACCCGACUCGGGGAUGCAAGCAUUGGGUCCGUGUGGCACGUACGCCUUCCUCGCCAAGGACAGCCUUGUUGUUACGUACAUGGACGACCCGGACGCCGUCGCCGCCACCUUGCGCGCCGCCAUGCAGGCCGUGUCCAUGCAUGCGCUCCGGCAGCAUAUCGUGCCCUCGUACGUGACCCACGUGUCCAAGCGGGUGGCGCAGGGCUGCAGCGCCGACAUGAACCACUACGAGCGGCUUCACAUCGCCCCCGACGCGUCGGCAAAGGACGUCCGGUCGGCGUACAAGACGCACGCGCUCAAGUGGCAUCCGGACCGCUGGCCCACCGCUGCCGGACGGGACAAGGCCACCGUCCGAUUCAAACUGCUUGCGGAAGCUCACGAGGUGCUGUCCGACCCCGAGGCCCGCGCCGCCUACGACAAGCGGUUAAAACAACAGCAGCAAGAGGGGAGUUCGUGGGGGGACGAGUUUUGGCAGCGGGGGACCGUGCGGGGCACGAGCUUGGACGACGCUUUGCGGGUGUUUUACAUGGCCCAAGACAAGCUCGAGAGUCACUUGAGUGGCUUGUCGAGUCGCGGCGUGGUCGCGGUUCCCAAGGUGAACACCCCACCGCGGUUUCAACCCAACAACCACGACAACCUGUUUGCCGCCGACAAGAUGCGAGUAGUUCGACCGGACAAGUCGGUCACGUACGUGACGGCGGAAGACAUGCUCGCGACGGACCGCGCGGCGGGCACAAGAGGCGGGGGGGGGUUGGCGAUGGCGGCGUCGGCUGUGGGAGGCGCGGUGGUGGUCGGGGCGGCGGUGGCCGUGGCGGUGCACGCGUGGACUACGUACAGCGACAGCGCGCGCCGACGCCGCCAAGCCGACGCGAUCCGGCGCAUGCCGUUUCCCAUGCUCCAGCGUCUCUUGACGGAUGCAGAUGGGGGAGCAUCGUCGGUGGCUUCAACGAGCCUACCGCCUUGCGAGCCUCGAUCUCCACAUCCUACAGACAUAAUCCAUGGACAUGAUCAUGAGAUGGCAGUGGUACCUGCGAACAAAUCCACGGAGAUAGCCGCCUUGUUGGACGAGUUUUACGACUGCGUGGACGACGUGGGCUGGGCUGAGGUGCACGAAGAGGCCGAAGACGAGUACUUUGACUGCUUGGCCACGUUGGAGCCGGAUCGGGAUGAGGCGACAAUGUUUCCGCGAGGCGCGUACGUGCUGACUCCGUUUGGGAUCGGUACGGUGGUGGCUGAUUUGAACGACGAAGCGUACUACUACGUGGUGGAGUUGGUGUCGGGCCAGUUGAGCUACGUCCAGCGGCACGACGUGGUGCGGGGCGCAGCCGCGAUGGUGGCGCACAAGGAACGACAGAUGGAGACGGUGCGCCGGCGGGUCGCCGACCACGUGGUGGUCGCGUAUAGCUUGGAAACGGACGGCGCGACGACGUCGCUGGGGUCGAUGGUCGCGGCGGGGACGGACGCGGCGGUGGACAGCGGCGUCAAGGCGGCCGGGGGGGUGGCGCUGGCGUCGGGACUGGAGCGCAUGGUGCCUGGCUUGGGCCUGGCCGCCGCGCCGCUGACUGUCGCUGCCAUCUUGGUUGACGUGGGCAAGGAGUACUUGGAGUUUCGUCAAAAGAAGUCGCUCACGUCGGCCAGCGAACGGCUGGCCAUGCAGACGUUCUGGCUCAAAGCUGGCCACCACGUCGCCAGCGGAUCGACUGCUGCCGCCGGGGCGACGAUCGGACUGUAUGGCGUCUCCUCCGCCGUCGGGUACUGGACGGGGGCGGCGGCAAUGGGACCCGCGGGGCUCGUGGCAGCCACGGGGGCGGCGGUGGUCGGGGGUCUCUUGGGGUACGCCGCAGGGGCAAGUGUCUACGCGAACUCGACACGGGAGCACUUUACGAGUCUCCAACACGCUAGCGCCGAGAUCGAUCGGCUUGAAGUCGGCGCCAAGGUCCUCUUCACGCAGUUCGAUCCCCUCGGUACAGGAUACAUCUCCACGUCGGACUGCAAACUGCUGGUUCAACAGCUGACUAUGAGCCAAGUGGCAGAAGGUGGUGACGACGAAGGCCCACCUUCUGUGGAGGGCGGAGGGGGCGGCGUGUCGUGGGGGGUGUAUUGGGAAUGGGUCAGUGCCAAAGCAGUGGCGAAACUGAACACGUUGGAGCAGACUCGCUGCGACUCUACAAAGCAUGGCCGUUGGUGGGAUCGAUACCAGCGCUAUUUCAACUUUGCCAGCGCCCCUGCCGCGCUCCUCCCACCACCUCCAUGUGACCCCUCCUGCCCCAUGUACCCUAGUGUAAUCAGAGCAUUGGCAUUCCACCCCCCAAGCAAACAAGUCAAGCCGAACAAGACUGCCGUGAAUUCCAUCGUGGAACUAGCCCAAGUCGACGCGCUGGUUGAUUCCCACUCUCUAUCGCCCGAUGAAGCGUUCUGUCUCCAGCUGUACUUGCAAUCGACGGACGAAUCGACUCGACAUCAAGCGCGCCAGACCAUUCGAACGCUGACAAGGGACCUCGACCAGCACAUGGAGCAUUCAGGCGAUGAUGCGAGCCACGUUGUGAUUUCGUCGGCGUUUUCGGCGGAAGACACGACUGGCCAAGAAGAGGAUGAGGAGGCGACGGAGCAACUGGACGUGCUGUGCUCAUUGCUGUCGAAUCGGGGCCUCGGCAGACUGCUGGUGGACCACCGCGUCGACGUCCCCCCCGACACCCCACACGAUCAGCUCCACGGUCUCGCCUUGACCCAUUUGGCCCCUCGACACUAAUCCCAAUAUAUAUAUAUUUAUAUUAAUCCCAAC